AUGAGCAACGAGAAUAAGAAAGCCCUGCGUGAAGCAGAGCGCCCUUCUCGCACCGACUUCACACAAACACUUCUCACACAAAAAGAUGCACUAACACAACAUCUGAACACUUCCACAACCCCCGUCGCUUCCCUCCAAAUCAUUCGAAAAACACUUUCCCUCCAGGCGUACGCCCUUCGCACACGCAAACGCAUUUCACUCUCGAUGGCUCGUCAAUUUGACUUAGAGCAACUUUUCAAAUUUCAAGUCUACCAAAAAAAAGCGCAAGCGAAGCUGCUCGAGAAGGAAUUUGAGGUAUCCAAAGCGCGUGCUGUCUCACUACAAAAACUCGUUGUGCUCUCCGAGUCGACUUUUAUUAACGAAGAUUUCUCCAAAGAGUUACUCACGUAUUUAUUAGGGGAGAAAACUGUUUCAAAUCUCUUAACGAAGGGGUUAGAGCUUGGCUUAGCUGAGUUUCGUAAAGAGUCUGAGGAUGAUUGGAAGAAAGUGAAUUUGUGGAUCUAUCAAAACGUUGUCAUAGCAUUAAAGUCUGGGACUGAUAUUAUUCUCGCGGUGAUGUACAUUAACUCAGAGUAUAAAAUAAUCUUUGCGGAAGAUCAGAAACGGCAGUUUAUGGUGAAGUUAGGCAAAUAUGUUAUCUCAGCAGACACUAAACAAAUGAUCAACACGUGGAAGGAACGUAUUGAAAAUCGUCAUUUAUGGUUCCAAGCUCUUCAAAAGCCAAAGGCAUCACGGCGACGAAUACCAUUAAUAGGGGAGAUGACUGCUGUCUCUAAAAGUAGUAUGUCGAUUCUUUUUAAUUCACAAUUAUCUCCACAUUUGGAAAUGGAAGAAGUCGUCGGUGUCGACUUACAUGUUCUCAGCGAGCGCGAACAUAACGCACAACAAGCCCCUUUAGUGUAUCGAUUACUCAUACAAUACUUCAUCGACAAUUCGGAAUUCGAAGGCAUUUUUCGAGUCCCUGGAAGCGGCGAUGACGUGGCCAGUUUAGAGCGGACAAUAACAAAGCGGUCAUUUUCUCUUGAAGAUCUAAAAGGAGUUGAUCCGUAUGCUAUUGCGUCGACUUUAAAACAUUUGUUAAAGGAAUUACCUGUUCCUCUGAUCCCCAAAAACAUGAACGACAAAAUUCAAGAAUUAGUCGCUUUGAAAUCGCCACAAUACGUGUUAGUCAUUUCUGUGCGAAAAAUGGUCACCUUUUUAAAGGAGAAGAUGCCUGAGCAUUUUGAAGUCUUUAGACUCCUUUGUGUGAUGAUCAGUGAAAUUGUGAAUCAGUGCCCAACUAACAAAAUGUGUCUUGGAAAUGUUCUCACGUGUUUCGUCGGUUCUGUUAAGUGCUCUCCCUCCAUAUUCCUUUGUGCUGUUCAAAACCAAGGGAUAUUCUUCGAUAGUUUGUUUUUACUAGAUAUUAACUAG